GCGCACGCCAAACGGUCUACGUGACUCGAGGGACACCAAAACAACGGCUUCCGCUCCCCACCCCGACACAGCAGCCCAACUCUACCGUCCAAACCAAUCCAUGCUAUGCCCUCGUCUCGCCGUCGCCUCGCUCCGACUCCGCAGUCGGAAUUUUAACAUCAAAGGAACGAGUGUGCGAUACGAUGAGUGUAUAAACCAGAACGAAUUUUUCUUUGUGCCGAAUUAAAUUUUUAAGUGUACCGGUCCGGCCGUUUCAUAAUUUUUUUUGCCAAAGCAAUAGCACGGUUUUUAUUUCUACCUUUUUUUUCUAAGAAAUUUUUGUUUUCCGUCAACAAAUAAAUUCACCAAAAAUUACAUCAUCAUGGUCGAGAAGAUAAUCGAAGAAACGGAAAACUACGAGACAGAUGCUGCAUUGACCAGUAACAACAACUCGAGCAGCAGCAUCGAGGGUCGCGGGAGUGGCGCCUGCAAUGGUGGCAAUGGCAGCUGCGCCUCAGACAGUGGUGACCAAGGGGAACCUCUGGACGCCCAAACACGUGCAAGGGAAAUUGCCCGCCACAAGGAAGAAGCUAAGAGGAAGCGCCGCAAGAAGAAGCGUACCGGCUCGUCAAUGGUAUCAUCUUGUUUCCAAGAUCUUUACAAGAUGACGGGGGAGGUUUUAGGCGAAGGAGCAUACGCAAGUGUCCAAACUUGCGUAAAUCUGUACACUGACCUGGAGUAUGCCGUGAAAAUAAUCGAAAAAGUACCUGGCCAUGCCCGGGCCAGGGUCUUCAGGGAAGUAGAGACCUUCUACUAUUGCCAGGGUCAUCCAAAUAUAAUUCAGCUUACUGAAUUUUUCGAAGACGAAGAAAAAUUCUAUUUGGUUUUCGAGAAGAUCAAUGGAGGUCAAUUGUUGAGGAGAAUCCAAGAGUACAAGUAUUUCAGUGAAGCUGCAGCUGCGGAAAUUGUCCGCGAGGUAGCGUCUGCUCUAGCCUUCAUGCAUGCUAAAGGAAUCGCUCAUAGAGACCUUAAACCAGAGAACAUUUUGUGUGUGAACAAGGAUCUUAUUUCUCCUAUCAAAAUAUGCGAUUUUGAUUUGGGAUCUGGCAUCCGGUUCCAAGGUAGUGUUGCCAGUCCUUUGACCACUCCCCAGUUAUUAACACCAGUUGGCAGCGCUGAGUUUAUGGCUCCUGAGGUCGUGGAAGCUUUUAUUGGAGAUGCAGAUACUCAGGCCUACGAUAAGAGAUGCGACCUGUGGUCCCUUGGUGUGAUUGCCUACAUUUUGCUCUCAGGGUAUCCACCAUUUUAUGGUAAAUGCGGUGGGGACUGCGGCUGGGAAAGAGGCGAAAAUUGCAACGCUUGUCAAGCGCUGCUAUUCCACAGUAUUCAAGAGAGUGAAUAUGAUUUUCCAGAUGCCGAGUGGGGAAAUAUUUCUUCCGAGGCGAAGGACUUGAUUGCGAACUUGUUAAUCAAGGAUGCUAGAAAGCGUUUGAGUGCACAACAGGUACUUCAACAUCCCUGGCUAAAAUGUGCCAGCGACGCUGCACCUUUAGUCACACCGUCUGUAAUCAAAAAGAACAAUUCGGCUAGGGAACUGUCCCAAUUUGCUGAGUCGGCAAUGGCGGUCAACAGAGUGGUUCAGCAACAUUUCAGCAUUAAGCUCGACUAUUUGGAAAAGCCCAAGAUCUAUUCAAGGGAUGGCAGGCCAUUUCACACUAACACAUGUGCAUCCUCCAUCUUAUUCGGUCUGAGUCCACCUAGCGAGAGUCAGCUGAUGCAGCGCCGCGUUAAGGGUCGUUCUCUUUACCUACAGCCCCACCCAGCCACCACGGCCAUUACCAGUGCUACUUGCUAGAAAGAUCGCCACAGCCUAACAGCCAUUCUAUUGCUGCUGGCAGUGAACAACUAGUUAAGAUCGCCAACAAAGAGUUCUUGGUUUGGGUGAUGAGAAAAUACAAAUAUAAGUAUUGAGGAACUAGGAUUUUGAUGAGUGGGUUGAAUAAAGAUAAAAGAGGCAGAACUUAGCAAACACACGGUGGAUGUGGUAAUUUUAAUGUUUUUUUAGGGAACAUACUCAAGUCAUUGAGAAAUUUUCAAGAUGGAAAUAUUGUCCAGAACACUGUCUCUUUUAUAUUUGUAUUUUUAUUAACUCUUACUCACUAGGAUUUUAGUAGAACUCCUUUUAUUUUGGAUUUAAAAAAAAAGAAAUAUUGCUUUUUAUAAAUUGUUGACUUAUUUUCAAUAUCUUUAUAUAUUUAAGUACUAAUAUUGUUUUGUAUAUUUGUUAAUCAUAUCACCCAACUCCUAGAGGAAAAUUUAUUUAGAUUUCGUUAACUAUGCCAUUUAGUUGUGUUAAUUUCAGUUUAUAAGCACAAAAAAGAAGAGUUGUUCAGUUUUUUUUAUAAAUUUUUAUAUUGAUAGACUAAAAAAAUUUAAGAACAAAAUAAAAACAAGCUUUUUAUUAUGUAUUCAGAAUGUUAACAAAAUUUAAAUGUCAUUGUUCCAGGUGACCAACUUUAUACAUACAUAUCCAUUUGUUUAUUUUCCAAAUUAUUUGAUAUUUAUGUUGAGAGGUGUGUUAUGAUGACAUACCUUGCGUAUAAAGGUUGUGAUCCAGAAUUUGCCAAAAAAAUAUUGUUUUUAAUUUUCUGUUCUUAAAUUUUUCAGUCUAGGCCUAGUGUUAAGAAUAUACUGCGCUUGAUUUUUUAAUACUUUUGUAUUUGUUGAGGUAGAUUGAAGCAAAAAGUCUACAUUUUGUGAUAAUAAGUAAGCAUCUGACAGUGCGAUUUAGCCGCACGUGAUAGACUGUAGUAGACCGCCGUACCUGCUUUAAGUUCAGUGAGAUACGGAACAUACAAAUUUGAACUAUGGGGUUACCCCCCAUUAGUCAUGUACUGACAGUCCAUUUAUAUUUUUUACGAGUCCCAAGUAAGUUUGGAUAUUUUUUUAAAAGAUUUUUGUAAUUUUUGGCUCAAAAAGUAGUUUACUAUCUACCUGGUUUGUAUAUCCCACCGGAUUGUGAAUAUACCCAAACUAGGGCUUUUGAAAAUAAAAUGACAAACUGGCAGAACACCUUUUCUGUUUCUCUCUUAUUCUGACAUCUAGUUCAAAACUUGAUGAGAAUUAGGUAUUCGUUUUUUCUGUUAUUUAUCUUAAUUGAGAAAAAUAGUGGAUUCACACAUAGGUGGGCCAAUUUGGACAUUUUUGAUAGAAAUCGUCAAUUUCUAAGUGAGAUUGAAAAAAAAAAUUAAGGUUCAAGUUUUAUGAAAACUUCGAAAAAAAAAAAAUACAUAUAAAAUACAUCUGUUUUUCUCAAAAGAAAGAAGAGUCCUUUUUCAUUGCCCUUACCUGAAGAAAGUUCUUCUUAACGCAUUGGUUCUAAAAAAAAAGGAAUUUUCAAAUAUACUAACUCAAUAGUUACUAAUUAGCGAGUUGUAACCCAUAUAACUCACUAGUAGGUUUUGAAUUAUCUCCCACAAUAAUAAUUUGGAAUUAGUGUUGGAUUAAAGUUAUUGAAAUUUAUCUGAAUUGUCGGAAACAAAAAUUGAACUGGUGGACAAAGAAACAUAACUACUUAGUCUUUGUCUGCAACCCAGAACAGUGCUGACACAGUUGAUGCAUAGUCACAUAUGUGAGAAUCCAUCUGAAAUUUGUUAUUCUAAACUGCAUUGAGAGAAAUGAUUGUUGGCACUCCAAGUAGUUAUAAAGUAUUUCAUUUUUUUCAAUUUCAUUAGGUUCACAGUUGCAGAGUAAGUACAUGUAGGUAAAAUAAAAUUUCAAAUAAUAUAACAACUGCCAGUUUGACAUUUACCAACUUCCAACACUCAGGGUUGUAUUAGUUUGGAGAAGGAAAGGGGGGAAGGGAGAGGCGAGUUUAUUAUUAAUAAUAGAAAGAAACCUACCUACCUAAAUACCGUAAAACUUAUGAACUCGCAGCGAGUGAAUGUGCAGCGGAGAGAAUGAAUGCCAAAUGAAUAAGAUAUCCAUAAGUUCAUAGAAUUUACUGAGAAAUCAGAGUAUUUGUUUUUUUUUUUCAACAUCAUAUAUUUUAUUAUUUUCAAAGCAUUUAUUACUGCAUUUUGCAGUGGAACAUCCAUCAACUUCCAACUUGAAAUUUGAAUAAGUUUAUGGCUCGUUCCAUUAGUGCCAUUAUUUUCUACUUAUUUUUUUUGUUUGAUAAGAAGUGGAAAAAUUACGUCUUUAUGUUUGACACUACUAUUAUAACAACCUGGUAAGAUAGUACUUAGUUAUUGUCUUCUUCACUUUCAGCAGCAUACUUUUUGGAAAAAAAACUUCUGGAAAUGUCUGUACCAAGUGUGCUUUAAUUUCUUAUUAUAAUAAAGACAAAUUUUUCUAAUAGUUGUGUAUUUUUUUUUGUUUUUACUGCUGUAUUUAUGAUGUUCAUGAAAAGUGG